UGCGAGCCGAAAGCAAGUCUAUCUUCGUGAUCUUUUCUAGCUUUUCUAACUCGAUGGCUUCUCCAGCAGCGUCUUCAGUUGCCGCCGAGAAGAUCAAGGUGACCAUCAAGAGCGAGACCAAGGCGUUCUCACUGGAGACGACCCCGCAUGAGAGUGUGGCUGGCGUCAAGGCAGCCUAUCAGGAAAGUGGGGAGAAUGCGAACUUCAUCCUACUGCUACACAAGGGCAAGGAGUUGCCAGACGAAAAGACGCUGGGCGAGCUCGGUAUCACAGACGGAGACGUGCUCGUGCACAUUGAGGCGGCUCACCAGCCCUUCCACCCGCUCAACUACAAGCACCUGGCCGAAAGUAUCAAAAACCGCAGGAAGCACGAGGACAACAACAUGCAGAUGCUCAAAGAAGACAACAUUUGGGCCGCGGGAUCCGAUGGCACGGUGCACCGACUGGGCAUGGAGAAGAGCAUCAUCUCACGCUCGUUGAACGGCAGUUUGCCGCCGCACUUUGCCACCAAGAAAGCGGGCUCAGGUCGAGCCUUUUUCAACCAACUGUCGGUACGCGUCAAUGGCUGCAGUUUCCACGUGCUGCCGAGCAUGGAAGGUCGCUGGAACGGAGAACUCACCACUAUGCCGCCCCAAGACGAGGGCAGCCAGGUGUGCUCAAACGACCUGAUCUUCCGCGACGACGAAGGAGUGUGGAGUCAGCGCCAGUCAAGGACGACCAUGAGUGGAUUGACGUCCAUGCAGCACAUGUGGAUAAAGCCCGUGUCGGACGGCAUCCUCAAGAUCGAGACAGACGACCCGUCCCUGCGUGGCUCCGACAUCACCAUGCAGGAGCUCGGCACGAACGUCAUCAUCAUCACGGCCACCUCCAAGCGCUCAGGUCGUCCGCUGAUGGUGGAGACAAUCACAGGCAUCGACAGCUCGCGGCGUCUGCGCACAAUUCAGCGCUUCGACGAAUCGGGCGCAUUCCGAUCGGUCUAUGUCAUGAACGAGGUCCGAGUGGUCGAUGCGGUGUCUGGCGCCAUGGAGAAGUACGACAACGUCUUUUGAGGAUUUCAGACUGGCACUUCCAUCAUCCAUAACCAACGAAGACGUGUGCGACCAACAAAGGAGUAGUGACUUGAACGCGUAACAAUGAACCGCUGCAUUUCGUAUACGUCUAA